GUAUCUCAUUAAUAAAACUGAUAUAUUCUCUAACAUGAAAUUUUUUUAAAAAAUUGUAGUCGUAUUUCCCCAUAUCUCCCAAAACCCUAAGCCGUCGACCGUUGCAGCGCCCCUCUCUCAGCCAUCGGCACCUCCAUCGUCUGAAAUUCGUUCAGGAGGUAGAAAUCCUGUGCCUGCCUGGUAAUGCAAAGACAUUUCACCAUGUCUGCUGAUCCUGCUUUGGUGGAGGAGGAUGCUUCUUCAGGCUCAGGAGAGGACAUAAACAUGUUAGAUGGGCACAAUAAGCAUCAAACUGUAACGCCAAAUUCAGGUCGUCGCAAGAGAAGUCGCAAGGCAACUGGUGAUGCUAUAGUUGAUGCAAUGCUGGAAAUUGCAGCUGCUUCGAAGAUGAGGGCAGCUGCCAUUAUGAGGAAUGAGGAACGCUUUGCUAUAAGCAAAUGCAUAAAAGUAUUAGAUGAAAUGCAAGGUGUAGAUCAAAGUAUCUACUUUUUUGCAUUGGAUUUAUUCGAGAAUUCAAAUGCCAGAGAAACUUUUAUCUCUCUGAAGAAUGAGAGGCGCUUGAUAUGGUUGCAGUGUAAGUACAAUUCGGCAAAUGCAGCUAGCUAAUGGAAUCCUCUAUUAGUUCUCGACUUUCCUAUAGUGGGUUUUGCUAGGACAUUUUGACUGUAUACUACUAUUACUUCCCAACAUCUAUUUACUACUGGAUGUGGCUGGAUGCUUAGUUCUAAUUCGUAAUUGUUGCAAACAAAAAAAACUACUCUAUUUUACUAAAGUAUUUUCAACUUCUUUGGUUGUGCGACGCUGGUUGCAUACUUCAAA